AUCAUGGCUUGCGCAAGCGAGUCUGAUUCUGAUUUUGAUGAAGUAAAAAAUCCUAGAGUUCGUAAAUUUAUCGAAGAUUUAAAAUUCUUUAAUGUCAUUGGUUCGUACAACCUGGCUACUCAAACAUGUGCCUUGUUAAAAGAGUUGAUCAGUGAGGAGCCCUGGAGCACCACAGAUGAUAUAAAAAGUAAUCUCAAAGAGAUUAGUGUGCAGAUCGCAGAGGCUUUUCCAAAGGAAACAUGCUUCACUCAUGUCUUUAACAGAUUCUUCAAGUUGUUUCAUGAUGAAAUCAGCAAAGGGAUUAAAGACUUGAAGUUAAAUACCUUAGAAAUUGUACAAGAAAUGACAGAUGAUAUUGAAGCAAGUCGAGACAACAUAGCGAAACAUGCCCUCGAAAUAAUUCGUCCGCUUGAGAUGAUCAUGACAAUGGGCAGAUCAAAAACAGUUGAAAUGUUUUUAAAAGCGGCAGCUAAAGAAAGGGACUUUCAUGUCAUGGUAUUGGAAUCUUCAGCCUCAAAAAAACAAGGUAGGGAGAUGGCAGCUGCCCUGGCCUCGCACGACAUUCCAACGACCUUGAUCAAAGAUGGGUCCAUGCAUGCAAUAAUGUCUACAGUGACGAAGGUCAUUGUUGGUGCUCACACAAUCACUUCUAAUGGCGGCAUUAAAGGGUUGAUAAUGUCUCUCAGCUUGGCACAAGUUGCAUCUUUUGAGAACAAACCUUUUAUUGUCGUUGCCCCAUCGUUCAAGUUAUCAGAAAAACAUUUCCUCUGUUUCGAUCAGAUACAGUCGAACAUAUUCUUGAGCCCCUACGAAACCCUGCCUGCAGACGACCCUCUCUGGAGGCUCAACCCCAAAAUCAUCAACAAUCACGUCUUUGAUUUCGUCCCUCCAGAGUUCAUCACCCUCAUCAUGACUAACUUAGGUCCCAGCAUACCCAGCCAGUUGUACAGAUUGGUGAAUGAAGUGUACAACCAUGAUUCAACUGACGUCAGUGUAGCUAAAAUGAAAUGA